AUGUUACCCGUUAUUCGACAUGAGAAAUCCGAAGAACUAUAUUUAACAAAACUCGGUCUACGAUUUAUCUGGAUUGGACAUGCUUCAUGUUUUGUUCAAAUGAACAAUUUUCGAUUUCUUGUCGAUCCAGUUUUCAGUGAACGUUGUGGUGUGGCAUCAUUUAUCGGACCGAAACGUUUCCGCCCACCGGCAUUAAUAAUAAAUGAUUUACCCGAUGAUCUUGAUGCUAUACUUAUUUCACAUAAUCAUUUUGAUCAUCUCGAUUAUUCUAGCGUAAAAGAAUUAAAUAAACUUUAUGGUGAACGACUAACUUGGUUCUGUGGUCGAGGUACUCGACAAUGGUUUCUUGAUAAUAAUGUAAAAAAUGUUGUCGAGCUCGAUUGGUGGGAAGAGUAUCAUUUUUCGAAAAAAGAAGUGAACAUUGCAUUUUGUCCAGCUCAACACUGGAGUGGUCGUACUGCAUUCGACACAAACAAAUCUUUGUGGGGCAGUUAUGCUGUCUGGGAUGCUACACACAAAUUUUACUUUGCUGGCGAUACAGGUUAUACUCAUAAUAUUUCAAUUUUUCGACAAAUUGGCGAAAAAUAUGGCCCAUUCAACUUAAGUGCUAUACCGAUCGGUAAUUACGAACCACAAUGGAUAAAGCAAGCUCAUCAUGUGUCACCAGAUGAAGCUGUUCAGAUGCAUAUUGAUGUUCAAUCAAAAAAAUCGAUUGGCAUUCAUUGGGGUACAUGGGGAUUUGGAAAUGAAUAUUUUAUGGAACCACCUGAGAAACUUUCUAAAGCAGUUAAAAUCAAUCAACUCGAUCCGUCAUCAUUUAUUGUAGUUAAACAUGGUGAAAUUUUUGAUUUACCCUAG